UAUCUCCUCCUCCCGUUCUCCGAAUUCCGAAAUAUAUAUAUAUAAAGAGAUCACCAAAUCCAGAAUCAAACAUGAAGACGUUCGUACAGCUCGGUUUCCUGCUGAUCAGCGGUCUUGGAAUAUUAGGCACAGACUUGGAAACGCUGAUCGAAAACGAAAAAAACGAUCUUGAUCCCGGAGAUAAAUUAGUGGCUAACCAAGUAAACGAAGCUACUUCCGAUGAAACCUGGGAGGAGAAAAAGAAGGAUUUGCGUAAACAGAUCUCCUUCUACCUUUAUACCAAAGCUAACCCGACCGAUGGACAACAACUGUAUGUCGGUGAUGUCGACGCACUGAAGGGCAGCAAUUUCAAUUUUAGCAGACCUACGAAAUUUCUCACACAUGGAUGGAUAAACACUGUGAAAGAUGACGCGGUCUCUUUGAUUAGAGAUGCUUAUUUGAAGCAUGGUGAUUACAAUAUCAUUGGGAUCGACUGGUCUAAAAUAUCAUUCGGUCCGUAUGUAAAGGUUAGUAAUCGUGUUCUAGUGGUGGGCAAAUACUGCUCAUCCUUCAUCGAUUUUCUUCAAACACAAGGAUUGGAUUUAUCACGUGUAGCCAUAAUCGGUCACUGUCUUGGUGGUCACGUAGCCGGACUGUCGGCUCGUUAUGCUAAAGGCAAGGUGGACCGUGUUGUCGCUUUGGAUCCAGCUUUGCCACACUUCGCGCUGACUGCAUCAGGCGAAAGAUGUGCUCGGAAUGAUGCGAAGUACGUGGAAGUGGUACACACGAAUGGAGGUGUUUUUGGUUUCGAAAAAGCGAUUGGGGACGUCGACUUCUAUCCCAAUGGCGGUGGUCUACAAGCUGGCUGCAAAAGCAACACCUGUUCGCACCUGCGGGCCUACAAGUAUUUCGCGGAGUCCAUCAACAGCAAAGUGGGCUUCGAAGCAGUGAAAUGCCCCACCUAUUCUGAUUUCCGCCAGGGUGCAUGCAAUUCGAAUGAUAAGGUUUUCUUGGGAGGUCCGAAUCCUAAUAAUGAUGCCAAGGGAGUAUACUUUUUCGACACGAACGAAUAUUCCCCUUUCGCUAAGGAGAAUUCAUUUGGCACUCGCUUGCCCCCAAGCUGACGGCAUCGUUUAGUGUUUUACCGAUUUUACUAGCAGGCACACAAUCGUCGAUUUCUAUUGUAAAUUUAAUAAAAAUUCGUGGCAA